CCCUGCCUCCCUUGGGCCCUGGGCUGUGACCUACCUGAGGUUCCCCGGCUGUGCAGCUGUGCGGUGUAGCCUGUGGCACUCCUCCCGCUGGGGCCGACUCGGGAUUUUAUUGAGGGGAACGGGGUUGUAGGGUCCCCAGAUCCUUCCCCUGAGACAGUGUGAGGGGGUGGGGUCAUCUGUCUCCUGUCGGAUAAGGGGUCUGCUAGGCUGGAAGGACACGAUCUGCUUCCAGGAGAGGAUCUUCUCUGCUGCUGCUGGCUGGGGCGUCAACGUGAUGAGCAGAACCAAACCUUGAGGGAGGUGUUUCCCAUGCCAGGGGCCCUCCUGAGUCCCAGUGGUCCCCCAACCCUGCUGAGCAGAAAACCCGUGCUGGCACAUCCGCCAACAUUGUCCUUUUCUACCUGAUGACUUUGUCUUCUCCCCGCCACCCACCCCAGUCCUUGUGCAGGUGACGAAGCCCAGACAAGUGGAACAGCGUUUCCUGCUCAGACCACAAAGCAGCCGUCUCCACCCUCCUGCGCGAGCUCGCCAGAGACUCCGUCUGAUGGACAGGUCGUCUUGAGCACCGGCCCCUUCCUUUGGGCCCGUCAGCUGACCGUGUAGUGGUAGAAGGAAGGAGCCAAGGCUCUCUGCUCCCCCACCAGGCCAGGUGAGGCCCCGGAGCCGUAGGGAGAUGAAGUUCGGCUGCCUCUCCUUCCGGCAGCCUUACGCUGGUUUUGUCUUAAAUGGGGUCAAGACCGUGGAGACGCGUUGGCGUCCUCUGCUGAGCGGCCACCGGAACUGUACCAUCGCCAUCCACAUUGCCCACAGGGACUGGGAAGACGGCGCGUGGAGGAAGCUGCUGGCCGAGAGGCUUGGGAUGAGCCCCGCUCAGAUUCAGGCCUUGCUUCGGGAAGGGGAGAAGUAUGGCCGCGGUGUGAUAGCAGGGCUUAUUGACGUUGGGGAAACUUCGCUGUGCCCAGAAGACUUAGCUUCUGAGGAGGUCGUGGAACUGGAAAAUCAAGCUGUCCUGAGCAGCCUGAAGCAGAAGUACCUCACCGUGCUUUCGAACCCCAGGUGGUUGCUGGAGCCCAUCCCCAGGAAAGGCGGAAAGGACAUCUUCCAGGUAGACAUCCCAGAGCACCUGAUCCCCUCGGGGCGGGAGGCCUGAGGAGUGGGCAGGCUUAGGGAGGAGCGCUGCGUCCUGCCCCGGGAGCUGAGCGUCAGACGGGGACAGCAGCGUGGUCUGGCGUGGCCCCGCUGCGGAGGCCGCUACGGCUGCAUGCUCUUCGUGGACCCCGAUUUCUGCACUCCUGUGCGGGGACAACUCGGCCGGACUUUCCUUGGGGGCUGCCCCUCUGGGCUCCUCGACAGCCUCAAGGACCCUGACCUUCAGGAGAAAGGGAAAGCUGCCAUAAAGGCGUUUGCACCUCGACUAAUUUGGAUUGUACAAAGAAAUAGGUUUUAAGAGAACUAGUUAGUGUCUCCCCCCUUCUCGUUUCUGGUCAAAAGUCAGAGAGGGCUUGAACAGCAUCCAGGGACUGUUGUGGAAGGCGGGCCCGGGAGUGGCCAGCCACGUCGGCCUCAUUCACGGUGACGAGGACAUCGGACUGAGAAACAGAGCACCCGUCUGUCCUCUCAGAUGACUGUUGCUCUGUUGUAAAAGCGACCCUUGGCCCAUGAAGCAUGCGUGUUCCACACAUGGCACGGCUACUUCGUGUGCAAGAAGAGGACCCUAAAUACAGCCCUGGUGGGGAAGUGAUUGAGCGGUGGUGGUUCUUCUGUGGCGAACCUUUUGUUGUUGCUUUUUCCGUGUUCCUUGCAGAGUUUCUAGUAGUUGUUAUCUCUGGGGAUGCCGGGCCACCCUUGCCCCCCUCCGGCCAUUGACUGGAAAGGUCUGUCUCUUCUGAGCUAGACUAACGGUGUCCUAUGUCCCUGCUCUGAGGUGGGCCUCUUUGGAAGGCCUCUGGCACUCGCACUCGGCUGCUGAUCAGAAACUUGCCGGCAGCACGAGGGGACCCAUGAGGAAAGCCCCUCCUGUUUCAAACUACGUGAACGCUGUAAGGGGACACCACCAAGGUCAGGGGUGAGGCCUGCUGUCUUCUCCUGACCGGCCUGCAAGGCUCUGGGCCAGAUCUUCCUGGGCCUUCCUCAACACUCGUAGCCAGCUCCUGGGCUGAGUGUGUGAUAGUGCUGCUGCUUCAGAGGAAAGGGGACCCACCGGCACCAAAACCUGUCCCGGGCCAGGAUUCCUAGCCUCCCCGGGGUGAUCCGAUGAGGCGUGUGUAGUAUCACAGGUUAAAAAGAACACAGACUCGCCGUUGUCGUUUGAUUGUUUAUUUACUCCUGCAGAGUUUUGCUUUUCUUUAUUAAAGCCAAAAACAGA